CCUGUAGGAGGGAGCCUUGGGUACCCGGCGGUGAACCAUCAUCGUUCUAGCACGACACGAGGUCGCGGAAAAGCACGAGCAUCGUCGAAGCGUGCACGAAUACGACCGAACCGUAACGAAAGCGUACGAGGCCACAGAUACAGGGGUGGGGACUCGCAGACUCUCAGUAGUCGAAUUCAGUCGAGCCAGCGCCGUGAUCGGAGUUGGAAUAGUGACUGGCGAACAGUGUUCGGAGCAGGCGUAUCCGCUCUCGGUGUUCUAGUCGCUCCUUAAUCACGCGCACACGAAUUAAUUUGAUCGGCUGGCAGACCCGAAAUCGAAUAUUCGCUUCGUUUUUUAUUCGUUUCUUGUUUAACCGUGGGCUUCGUACGCUUCUAUCGUUCUCCGUCGUGCAUGUUCAUCAAUUUAUAUAGUUUGUCGCUAUUCGUUUAACCGUCCCCGCUGUGAUUGACUGUCGCGAAGGCCUUUUUUUCCGGAGCCGCUACAGACACGGCAGUGAAAAUGCGGUAGUGACAGUGGUAUAUCAGAGACAGGGAGAAAAAGAGAAUCCCUGAGUACGUUUGUAGGCGCGAGGACGCCACGAGUUUACUCGAUAAAAAUCGAAGUGAACGAAAUUAGGGGAGAGGCUCCUUGAAGCCAGGGCCAGAAGUUAUGUCGAAUUCGUGUGUUCGAGGACGAGGAAUUUACGCGCAUGUGUCCAGUGGGAUUUAGUGUCGGCGAUAAAGCAUUCUUUCCAGAUCUGGAUACCUUGCUCGCAACACCUACGGGACCUGGAUUAUCUCAUGUCAGGAUGGCGCUGGCGCGACUUGCGGUGAGCGACUGUGCGCCUCAAACGUCGCGGGUCAGCUCAAACUUGCACAGCAGCAGUAGUAUGGCAGUAAGCCGUGUACCAAGCCCUCCACCACCGGAAGUGAACACCCCCGUGGCCGAAAAUUGGUGUUACACGCAGGUCUUAUGUGCACAGGUGAAGGUGGUUAAGUUCAGCUACAUGUGGACGAUAAAUAACUUCAGCUUUUGCCGGGAGGAAAUGGGAGAAGUACUAAAGUCGUCCACCUUCUCAGCAGGGGCCAACGAUAAAUUAAAAUGGUGCCUAAGAGUGAAUCCUAAGGGUCUGGAUGAGGAGAGCAAAGACUAUCUGUCGCUAUAUCUCCUUCUCGUUUCGUGCAACAAAUCCGAAGUCAGAGCAAAGUUCAAAUUUUCUAUUCUUAAUGCCAAAAGAGAAGAAACCAAAGCAAUGGAGAGCCAACGUGCUUAUAGGUUCGUCCAAGGUAAAGAUUGGGGUUUUAAGAAGUUCAUUAGGAGAGAUUUCUUGUUGGAUGAAGCCAAUGGACUCUUGCCCGACGAUAAACUCACGAUAUUCUGUGAGGUAUAUACCUUUGUCAGCGUAGUGGCAGAUAGCGUGAAUAUUUCCGGACAAAGUAAUACUAUACAAUUCAAAGUUCCAGAAUGUCGAUUACCGGAUGAUUUAGGACUUUUAUUUGAAAACCAAAAAUUCAGCGAUGUCACGUUGACAGUAUGUGGGAGAGAAUUUCAAGCGCACAAAGCUAUUCUCGCAGCACGAAGUCCUGUUUUUUCGGCGAUGUUCGAGCACGAGAUGGAGGAAAGGAAACAAAAUCGCGUGGAUAUCACCGACGUAGACCACGAAGUGUUACGAGAGAUGUUACGAUUUAUAUAUACGGGAAAGGCAGCAAAUUUGGAAAAGAUGGCGGACGAUUUACUAGCUGCAGCGGACAAAUACGCAUUAGAAAGGUUGAAAGUUAUGUGCGAGGAAGCGUUAUGCACAAGUUUAGCAAUCGAGAACGCAGCUGACAUUCUAAUUCUUGCUGAUCUUCAUAGUGCUGAUCAACUUAAGGCACAAGCCAUAGAUUUUAUUAACACACAUGCGACAGACGUAAUGGACACAGCAGGUUUUAAAUCAAUGGUGAACUCUCAUCCGCACCUCAUAGCGGAAGCGUUUCGGGCAUUAGCCACUCAACAAAUUCCACCGAUCGGACCGCCCAGGAAGCGGGUGAAACAAAGCUGAAAACAAUCACCGCUGACUCCGGGCACAACCUCCACAUCGCCCCCGCCUAUUUUGCAUCCCUCAUGACUUUUUUGUGUACAGUGAUACAAGUAGUGCUAAAUAAAUGUUUCCUAGUGCGCCAUUCUCUGGUCCACUUAAAAAGGAACUGCGACGAGAACUGUUCUUCAUGGUUUUCGACCUAAAUUUGUAUCGUUCAAACAAGAUACAUUGUGCAGCCGAUUCAAACGGCAAGGCGGGAAACGCAGUUAACUUAUGGCUAUAGACUUUAUUGUAAUUUGGUGAAAUCGUCGAUAUUAGAAAAAGCCUAUCACAGAAAAGGAACCGAGAAAAGGGUAUGAUGAAAGAUAAUCUUUUUCUGAAAAAGAGUAAAUUAUUAAACGCGUUGGUUUCAAUCAGAUUGAACGAAAUUAUUGGUAGUUUGCAUUGUACGUUACAUUCUCCUGUGUGAGAGGGACAUGUGUUUAUCCAUCGAUAUGCAAAUAUCAUGUCAGCGAUUUGUCAAUGCGCAUAAUUAGGGUCUUGUAAUGGAUUUGUUUUCGUUUAUAAUGAGAAUAAGUGAUGAAAACGCGCAAACCAUCUAUGCAUUAUGAAAAAGACAUCAGAAACAGCCAGAGGACCAAGGCGAGAUUGAAACUCGCUGAUACAUUGCUACACACAUAACAAACUCACACGCGAAGAAAGAGAGAUAUACAUGUGAUGUACGAAGAAAGUUGUGAUAGACGUCAACCAGACAAUUAAAAGAAAAAGAUUUUGUUCCUUUGUCGAAAAUAACGAAUCAAAUAAGAAGUGUCCCACGCUUGUUCAUCGUGUACACGAGCGACAAGAAUAAAAUUAGAUAUGUUUAUUACUGAUAGUGAUUUUUAGUUUUAAAUGAAAAAAAAAAAAAGAAAGAAAAAUGAAAUCGUCGAAUUCUUCCAAGAACGGAGAAAAAAUGAUUCUAGUUAGUGUUUUUUAUGAUCUCUUUCUCUCAACAUGUACGACUACUACGAUUACUAUUAAUGCUACGCAAUCUGUGCCCCGUAUUUUUGUAUAUUUUUUGUCUGCAAAUACCUACAUCCUAUCCUCCAUGCGGCCUUUUUCUCUAUUUCCCCUUAAUCCCUAUUCCCCAUUCCCAUUCCCUUGUCGCUAGGCACAGUUUGUUUUGUUUUCUCGAGUAUUGCAUAGUAGACGAAGUGAUAGAUUCGAAUUAUUAUUAUUAUUGUUAUUAUUAUUUUUAUUAUUAUUACUAUUAUUAUUACUAUUAUUAUUAUUAUUACUAUUAUUAUUACUAUUACUAUUAUUAUUAUUACUAUAUUAUUAUUAUUAUUAUUAUUAUAUUAUAUUGUAUUAAAUUUAGGGUUGUCCAUAAUUUAUCAGAUUUUAUGUUAAUUAUUAUUGAAAUGUCUAUCAUAUUCGCAGGAUACAUGUAUUAAUUAAAAAUAUUGCAAGAGUUUCAUUAAAUGAAAAGAAUGAAAUCAAACAGAUAUUGUUAGAAAAAGAAGAAAUGAACAUCAAAUAUAAAAAGGAAAUUAAAAACACUGUAUAAUAUAAAAGGUUAGUCAAUUAUAAUAUGAGAAUAUUAAUCGUUUUUGUGUAAUUAAUUAUCAAAAUCGCGAAAUUGUGUGGUCAAUGAUCUGAAUUAUGGGCAACCGACAGAAUACACAAAACAAUAAUCAUCAUUUAGUACCGUACUGGCUUCCUGAUCCUCCGACCUAGCUUUACCGAAUGUUUUAAAUACAAGAUAUAAAUACUUACCAUUACAAAGGAGUAAUGAUCGAAGAUUUAAUGCCAUACAUGUUCUGUGAUAAGACCACUGUAAUUAACCGCAAUUGUAUCACAACCUUUCUAGAACUUUCUGACGAUCCUGGCAGCCAGUGAAUUUAUCUUUUAAGGAAACGGUCGCUAUAUCCGGACAGUCCCAAAUCUAGCGUCCCUUUCGAUUUUAAGGUUUUUACUGUACAUAUCUACUGUAUUUUAUAAGAACUGAACCGAAACGGAACUAUACUUUUAAUGAAGGGUACAAUAAUCAACUAUAAUUUAUUCUAUUUUACAGACUGUGCUAAACUCAUGUUCCUUGAAACACACUAGCAAUGCUUUAAGUAAAUGUAAUGUAAUUAUGACAAAUUAAUACGAUUAGAUUAUAUAUAUGUGUAUCUCGUUUUUGAUCUCGAUAUGUACAUGCAUUUACACGUAUCGUCUAUCAUGACGUUGUAAUGUAUUUCUGUCGAGAUUAAAAGU